AUGGGGAAGGGGACGGCGAAGCAGUGCAGAGUGAAGAAGGUGCUGCAAUUCCCGGCGAGGUUGCUGGUAAGAGCCAGGGACUUUUACGUCAACGGGAUGUCCCAAUUGUCUGACCAGAUGCGGUGCGGCGCCGUUUCAAACAUGGGCUGCCCGGCCCACAUGGGCACCGCCGCGCUCCCCAGGAGUUUCAGCGUCGGCAGUGGGUCGACGAAUCCGGGGUCCGAUUACAGCGAGUUGAUCAGGGCGGCUUCAGUGAGGCAGAGUCCGGCCGCCGUGAAGGCUUCUUCAGGGAUGGUCAACGUUAACAGUGGAGGAGCAGGGAAGGUGUCGAGAAGCUAUAGCGUCGGGCUUGGAAGGAUAGAGGAGGAAGAGAAGUGCGACGGUUUGGGGGAAGAUGAUUUUACUUUCAGUCCUGUCGCUUUCCACAGAAGCAGAAGCUGCGCUGUUUCUGCCGCCGGUGGGGUUCUUGGCAAGACGACGACGGGUAGGUUUCAGAAGACGGUGGCAGCAGCAUCUGUAGCUUAG